GUGAGAAGCAAGGAAUAAAUCUGUCGAGCAUCGUGCAAUACAAAGUUUUUCUUACUCGAAACCAAAUUCCCAGAAGGAUCACGAUGGAUCAAUGGAUUAGAGAACGGCUUUCUAGUUGCCUGUGUUUCGAGAUCCCAGAAGAAAUGAUAAGCUAUAUAAACACAAUACGGGAAAAUAAAGAAGUUGAUGAAUACUUCCGUACGCUCCUCGACCCCACUAAUGUAGAGCAUAUGACUUUUUUAAAUGAACUUAAGGCAAAGAAGAAGGGACUUACCUUAACUAAUAACGCUCAACAGCAGAAAGAUGUUGUGAAAGGAGCAACAAGUAAAGGCAAAAAAAAGGCCAAAUAUAUUCCACAGCAUACAAGUUACGAACUGUCGGAAACGAGGGUGCCUUUACGCUUAAAGAAGAAAACAAACCGCAUCCUACUGCAUGGUCACGAUAAUACCCUAACAAACGUUAUGAUGCCGCAAAGCCGCCAUUACUGCGAUUGCCAGGCGACAAAACAUAGACUCAUCAACAACUGCCUCAACUGUGGACGAAUUGUGUGCGAGCAGGAGGGUAUCGGAUCAUGUUUGUUUUGUGGUUCGCUGGUCUGCACAGGCGUAGAGCAAGGUGUCAUUGACAGUGCAACUAGUACGGGAGCUACACUGAAGCAUUCGUUGAUGGAUCAAAAUCGGCCGAUCGGAUGGAAUGAAGCAGUCAUCACUCGCAAUCGGUUACUAGACUACGACCGGAAUAGUGAACAGCGAACGGUCGUAAUUGACGAUGAAUCAGACUAUUUUCGUGUAAACUCGGUGUGGCUGUCUGAUGCUGAGCGAAGUGAUCUCGAGCAACUAGAGAGCGAAUUGCACAAGAAAAAGCACACCAGUCGCCUUUCUAGUCGAAUAUCACUUGGUUUUAUCGAGGGCAAACUAAUGGAACCUCAACUAAAAAUCGAUAAUAAGAAAGCCAAGUUUCAUCGGAUCGCUAAAACAUUGAGCGAUCGAGAGAAUGUGGAGGAUACGAAGAAUACGGAAACAAGUAUCACCUGUAUUCGCCCCUGCGUAAUGGGAAUAACUCCUACGUUUGUCGAUACUAACUAUCCAACGUUAGUAACAGCAGAAGUCUUCAAGCAACACGAUUUCAACGAAGUAUACAACAGAGUGCAGGAUAAAGAAUUUCUCGAAAUGUCCGAUUUUCGUUAUUGUCUCUCGCUACAUCAACCUUGGGCUUCUCUACUAGUGGCUGGCAUCAAACGUCACGAAGGUCGUACGUGGUAUUCGGCACAUCGUGGUCUUCUGUGGAUUGCAGCCACCGCCAAACCAGUGUCAAUGAAAACAGUUAGCGAGCUUGAUGCGUUCUAUCGAACGAUGUACAUUAAUGCAACGUUCAACUUCCCGAAGCAAUACCCUUCCGGAUGUUUGGUCGGGUAUGUUAUGGUGCAAGGAUGUCUGCCGCAAGAAGAAUAUCGGAGACAUUACCCAAACGGAGAAUGUGACAGUCCCUUUGUUUUCGUAUGCACCAACGCUCAGGAGCUUCCUAUACAAGUUCCAGUGAGAGGAGGACAUAAAAUCUAUAUCCUGGAUUCUAAAGUACAUCAAGUGGCUGUCAAAUCGUUGCAGCUAGUAGCAAAAAGGCUCAAAAUGAAAUCUGGACAAACAGCUUAGGACAAACAGUUUUAUGGCCCUGUCACAAUGCCAUCAAGGUGACAAAGAAAUAUGUUAAUAAUGUACCAUCCACACCAGACCAUCCACAUCAGACCAUCCACACGGUGCCAUCCCAUCCCAGACCAUCCACAUCAGACCAUCCACACAUCCUAACGGUGACCCGUGAUUGCUGUAUCGUCCGGCGCAAAACUAGUUUUGUCCCAACAUGACGACCUAGAAAGGAACAAACGUACACUUAGGUCCUACCAACCGCCUAGAAAACAAAAUUUUAAUUCUUCUUGUAGAAAUAAAAAGAAAACGGUUGGUAGUACAUCUAAUUGACAUAAACAAUGAACAUUGUACAUUGACAUUGUAAACAAUGGCCGACGACCGCGAAGCGGAUUGACAGAUCGUCAUGCCAGCAGCCAUAUCCAGCGCCAGCACUCGCCGAAUCGCUGACUACCUGAACGGCUAUGAUGGCGAGUCGGCCAAGGUGUGCGAUGGCUAUCGAAUCCACCACGACUAGCCGUCUUCAGAGGAGUGGUGGCCAUCUCGCUCCCCCAUGCCGACCGACAGCAGUGUGUGUGACGACCCGGUCGUUCACCAGAAUCAGCUGGACGAUCAGCUGGCGACCGGGGUGAUGACCGCCGACGACGCCGACGCUCUGGCGGGACACGCGAGAGGACGAGAGUUCAAGUUACACCACCGGAGGAACCAGACGGGUUUUUUAAAACGUCUCUUUCUUUUAAUUUCGCAAUUCACACUUUU